CUAAGUGCUUGUUGCUCUUCUUUCAUUUAAUUAAAAAUUCAUUUCUAAAUUCAAAUUCAGUCGUUUACUUAUUGCCUUAGAAUACACAAUGUUUAAAUUAUUAACGGCGAUAGUUCUUUUAUUAACGAUUUUAAAAUGUGAUGUUUGUAAUGCAGUUAAGAAAUAUAAUCCAACGUGGGAAAGUUUAGAUAGUAGACCAUUACCAGAUUGGUAUGAUAAUGCAAAAGUAGGCAUUUUUAUUCAUUGGGGUGUUUAUUCGGUACCGAGUUUUGGUACCGAAUGGUUCUGGAUAAAUUGGAAAGGACAAAAUGUAUCAACCUACAUUGAUUUUAUGAAAAAAAAUUAUAAACCAAAUUUUACUUAUCAAGAUUUUGCUAAAGAUUUUACUGCUGAAUUAUUUAAUGCAACACAAUGGUCAUUAUUAUUUCAAGAUAGUGGAGCUAAAUAUGUGGUGUUAACAAGUAAACAUCAUGAUGGUUUUGCUUUAUGGCCUUCAACAAAAUCAUUUAGUUGGAAUUCAAUUGAUAUUGGACCAAAACGUGAUAUUAUAGGUGAAUUAUCAUCAAGUAUAAGACAAAAUACAAAUUUAACAUUUGGAUUAUAUUAUUCUCUUUUUGAAUGGUUUAAUAGAAUGUAUUUAAUGGAUAGGGAUAAUGGUUUUAAAAGUAAUGUUUAUGUUGAAGAUAAAGUAUGGCCUGAAAUGAAAGAAAUUAUUGAACGUUAUCAUCCAGAUGUUUUAUGGUCGGAUGGUGAUUGGGAAACAACACCUGAUUAUUGGAAAUCAUUAGAAUUUUUAGCUUGGUUAUAUAAUGAAAGUCCAGUAAGGAAUACAGUUGUAACUAAUGAUAGAUGGGGUAGUGGAGUACUUUGUAAACAUGGAGAUUUCUUUACAUGUCAAGAUCGUUAUAAUCCUGGAAUUUUAAAGGAACAUAAAUGGGAAAAUGCAUUCACCUUAGAUAAAACUAGUUGGGGACAGAGAUUUGAUACAAAAUUAAGUGAUUAUAUGACAUCUGAACAAUUAAUAAAAGAAAUUGUAACAACAGUUAGUUGUAAUGGAAAUGUUCUUGUUAAUGUUGGUCCAACAAAAUCUGGUACAAUUCAACCAAUUUUUGAAGAACGUUUACGUGAUAUGGGUUCUUGGUUAAAAAUUAAUGGUGAAGCUAUUUAUUCUACAAAAUAUUGGAUAUAUCAGAAUGAUACCAAAACUGAAGGUGUCUGGUACACAAUGAAACCACAUCCAGAUAUUAAAAAUAGAAUUAUAUUAUAUGCAAUGAUUUUAAAUUAUCCAUAUGAUACAAAUACAAUUGAUUUAGAAUCUGUAUAUAAAUAUAUGGAUAUAAAAAGUGAAGUAACAAUUUUGGGUUUACCAGAAAAUAUUCCAAUAAAGUGGGACGUUCUGGAUUCAUCAGUGUUAUUUAAAUUACCACCAAAAAAUUUUAUGGAUAAAUAUGGUUUAAAAUAUGCUUGGACAAUCAAAAUGGAUGUUUCAUUAGAGAAUGAAUAAUGAAAUUGCAAAACAUUUUGAAAGGCUUUUAAUAAAUUCAAUUGAUUGAAUAAAUUCAAAAUUAA